AGUUUCCACAUGCGCUGCCCGAAUGCAGCUUCAUCAAGUGACACAAUGAAGCUUCUCGUGAUCUGUUCUGUGCUUCUCCUCGCCGGCACGAUGAUGGCCUACAAUCUGCGCGAAGAGGACUUACAAUAUGUGAAGAAACUGACACACAGAUGUGCAAACAAGACCGGCGGAAAUGAAGAGGACAUCACGAGUUUUCUGAACAAAGAUUUACCGGAGAAGAGAACGACAAAGUGUCUCUACGCUUGCAUGUCGGAACUCUUUGGGAUUAUCACCCGAGAAGGAAAACUUGAUGUUCAGGCACUGAAGGACAUUGCAAAGUUCAUGUACGCCGAUAAGCCUGAUGUGCAGAAAGUCCUGAACGAAAUUGCCGACGCGUGCGUGAACACAGAGCACGAAGAUCGCUGUGAAUUGGCAUACAAAGCGACACAUUGUGCAAUCGAUGAGGCCACCAGGAGGAAUAUCAAUUACAAGGAAUUCAUGUAGAUGCAAAACAUAAACUUGUCAAUGUUUCAAUAAAGAUAAAUUAUCCUCAAGUUUUCUUA